CUCCCCCCCUUUUUUUUCUUAUCACCUGGCCCUUGCAGCAUUACAGCUGGUCAACAACUACAGCCUUUUCUUUCUUCGUUUUCUGCUGUCAUCCUAUAUACCUGGCUUCCUUUCUUCCGCCUCCUCCUCACAUUCCCUCACUCUCGCACCCUCCCUCUCUUUACUACACACAAUUAUGAUGCGUCCACGCUCGUUACUACAGUCAAGGCAAACAAGGAUAUCCUCUUUAACCCCACAACACAUCAUCUCAGUGUUACAACGCCGACAUCUACGCCAUAUCUCCCUGGUUCUCCUCCUCUCCGUCCUCUCCACAGUCUCUGCCAGCAUCACCUGUGCCCUUCCUGCAGGAGGCACCUACAAAGCCGGGGACUCUGUCAUCCUCGACUGGGGUUCCGAUGGUACCUCGCCCGUGGUCUCGGAUAUAAGCUCGAUCAACGGCACACUCUACUGUAAUGCCAACAGUGCCAAGAUUGCGGAUGUCUCGAUCCCGAACGUGAUAGGGCCCUACAAUUGGACGAUUCCGAGUGUGGGGAACGCAACGACAAUUGGAGGGGAUGUCGGUACCUGUGCACAGAACGCGUUCCAUAUCGAGUACUCGGGCGAGGCACAGGGGUUCCUGGGGAUUGUCAAGAUCCCUUGGGGGCCUGUUCGGUGUGGUACGAUCACGCUCAUGCCGGCGCCGAAUGGAACGAUUACGACCACGACUACGACCAUGUCCUCGACCACGACAACGUCCACACCCACGGCUACGGAAUCUUUGGGCAAAUCUGAUGGAGGGGGCAUUUCGAUGACCGUUAUUGUGAUCAUUGCUGUGGUCGCUGCUGUACUGGUCACACUGUUAAUUGUCGCGCUCGUUGUCUUUGUGCGGAGACACCGCCGGCAACGGAAACUGGACAAUGCGUUGAUGCCCUGGAAUGCGAGCAGCAGCAUGAACCGAUUCUCAAAGGUUUCAUCCACAGACGACGACAGCGGACCCGGAUCGCCCAGAGCCUCAGGACCUGGUGGUCAUGGUAUGACCUCGAUUGCUGGAGCUGGAGCCGGAGCUGGAUUAGGAGCGGGAGUAGCGGGAGCGUCGACGUCCUCAUAUGAACUGAAGCCUCAGCCGACGAUACCCCAGUCCAGUCGUGGUACUUAUUUCCAGGAUGAUGGCGAUUUUGGUAAUUAUGGAUACCACCAACAACAGCAACAGCUUUUGCAGCAUCAGCAUCAUGGGUACGGCCAGCAGGGAUAUGACGGUUAUAAUGAGGAGGAUGCGUACUAUAAUCCAUACUAUACCGGCGGUGCUGGUUUGGACGCUGGAGAGACUAUGAAUCAAAGUAAUCCUUCGUUCUACAGCGCGCGUCACUCGAAUGUGCCUGGAAGUCGAGUCCGAUCGUCGUUUGCGCAGGAUGGGUACCAGGGCGGGGACUUGUCUCAACAAGAAUAUCCCAUACAUCAGCAGCAGCAGCAGCAGCAGCAUACGUCUGCGUACUUUCCACCACCUCCACCGACAUCAGGACCGAUGAAUCCUUCACCGAAUUCGUCGAUGCAGUCUUAUUCAAGAGCUGCGGCGGUGACGGGCGCCGGGUUGACGAGCACAGAAACGGGACACUCGGCGUUGACGUCUUUGCCGAUGAUGAGCUCCUCGGCGACGUCGUCUCCGAAACGGGCACCGCAGACGGUGGUGAUGCAGGAGAUGGGGCGGAAGGAGGCGGAGGAGGAGGCGACGAAGCAGGAAGUUGAACCGUUGUCUCCUUCCAUCAAGGUCGAAAUAAGCAGCUAGUCCCAGUCGUACGUUCCUUCCAUACCCAGCCUUUGCUUUUUCUCGUAUUCACCCUCCACACAUACUCCCUCUUUCUCUCUCACUCAUUCAUAAUGCACAUAAUAUUAAAUGUACAAGU